CUCUGCUAUGUCACUGUGGUCUCUACUCAGCACCCCAGUCUGGGGUCCUGGCUCUGUCCUCCUCAUUCUGGUCCUCCUGCUUACACUAAGUGUGCAGGUCUGGCAUAAGCUGUAUCUUUGGGACCUCCAGUGCUGCUCCACGGAUUUGACUGGGAAGAUAGCAGUGGUAACUGGGGCCAACAGUGGCAUCGGGAAGGCUGUGUCCCAGGAGCUGGCCCGCCGCGGGGCACGUGUGAUCCUGGCCUGCCGUAGCCGGGUGCGUGGACAGCGAGCCCUGGCCGAGAUACAAGCAGCGUCAAAGAGCAACAGCCUCCUGCUUGGUGACCUGAGCUGUAUGAACUCCAUCCGAAGCUUUGCUCAGUGUCUUCUGCAGGAGUAUCCUGAGAUACAUCUACUGGUAAACAAUGCUGCAGUCUGUGGAUUCCCCACUACACUUACCCCAGAGGGCCUUGAUCUCACCUUUGCCACCAACUACACUGGGCCCUUUCUGCUCACAAAUCUGCUCCAAGGGGCCCUUCAGCGGGCAGGGUCAGCCCGGGUAGUGAAUGUGUCUUCCUUCCGGCAAGCACAUGGGUACAUUGAUGAAGAACAUCUGAUAGGGGCUGGUAGACCUUUGACCUUCAACCAGAACUAUGACUGCAGCAAACUUCUUUUGGCCUCAUUCACUGGGAAGCUUGCCCAGAGACUGCAAGGGACAGGUGUGACUGUGAACUCUGUGGACCCAGGUGUUGUAUACACGAAGAUCAUGAGGCAUUUCUCUUGGCCAUAUCACUUCCUCUUCUGGCUCCUCAGCUUCUUCUUUAAGGAUAGCAAACAAGGUGCAAUCCCAGUCCUCUACCUGUGCUUGGCAAAGGAGCUGGAUGGCAUUUCUGGAAAACAUUUUAACAGUUCCUGUGUGAUAACUCUUCCCCCUGAAGCUGCUCAGGAUUGUCACGUGGCCCAAAGCCUCUGGAAUACCUCAGUCCGACUAACAAACCUAGACAAGGUGGAUUGAUCUUCUGUGACCCCUGCCCUAACUAGCCACCCUCUCCUUGACUCCCAGCCCUUACUCUGAUUAUGCCUUCUGUUUGCUGGCUCCAAGGAUCAAUCUCUUUGUCCAGUAUAGUGACCACUUCCUCUUCCUGUUGGUUCAGAGGCGUGAGAGCUCGGAUCAGCCAGGGGACAGUUUCAGCUUCUACUUUUCUGCUAGUACUUUGAUAGAAGUAUUCAUGUCUUGGGCCCUAGGAUCUCCAAACCUACCGAGUCCCAUGUUGUGGUGAUGGGGAGUAAGACUCCUUUCGGUGGGUAUUAGAUGUACCAGUAAGAGGAGAAACUUCUACCUGUACCUCUUGGUUCCUGGCCUUGGGGGAGACGGUACCACAUAGUGUCCUCUGGAUUAAGGCAUAUGCCACAUCCUGUAGGACAGCAUCCCAACUUCAUAGGGUGUUGUCUCCCAGCUGGUACUGUAAUUGAGCCUACAGGUAACCAUUCCACCUUUCUAUCGACCAGCUGCUCCUGGGUGCUGAGUCAUGCAAUAAGUCCAGUGAAUUCUGAGAGUGAAUUGCUUCUUUUAAAUCUACAUAAAGUUUGGAAUCAGCUUUUCAAAUUUCACAUACACAAACCUUGUUGGGAUUGCACUACAUCUACUUGGGAGGAUUGAAGUUUUUACGAUAAUGAGUUCUAAACAUGAGCAAAGUGUACUUUUGUCUAUUUAAAUCUUAAUACCUUUAUAAAAUUUUGAAUAAUUUUACCCAUAAAGACCUUGCACAAGUUUUAUUAUAUUUAAUUCCAGAUACCUUACUUUUUAUGUUAUUGCAAAUGGUAUCUUAAGAUUUGUAUAUUAAUCAUACAUCAAGCAACUUUAUUAAGUUAUCUAAUUCUGACAAGUUAUCUGUAGACUUUUGGUUUUUCCACAUAGAAAAUCAAACCAUCUGGGAAUAAUAACAUUUAUUUCUUCUCUUUCAACUAUUAUAAAUUGUAUUUCUUUUCCUAGACCUUAACUAAUUUUCUAGUAUUAAACCAAACUUGCA